AUGCCCCAUUCAAACUUUAUUUAUCGCCUUUCUCGGCGUAAGCCUGAGCAGCAUGAUCCUCCCCCCGCGAAGGUGGAUAGCAAGCAAAGCACCCUAGACACCUCGUGGCGGCGCAGAUCCUUAGCCUCUAUCCGUCGUCGGCUUAGCUCGGGCCCCAAGGCCGCUGCCCCGGGAGACAAGCCUGGCCCGAAAGAGACUACGCUCGGCCCGGUCACAGCCCCCAAUAAGACCACCCAACCGACGGUGGACACCAACCGACCUAUCGCCGACGAGAUCGAUGUCGUCAAUGGGGGCCAAAAUUCGAAUGGCCUCCAGGUUUCUGAGCAGCACCAUCUGACGACCAAUAAGCAGAAUGGUGCUGCCGUCAACGGCACUAGCAACGGUACUGUUAGUGGUGUCGUCAACGGCGCUCGCGUGGCGCCCCGAAACAAAGUGACCAAGAGUCACAAGAGGGCUGCCGUCGAAGACGCCGAGAAGCUAGUCAACGGCAAUGCUGCGCCGGUGUGUCCUUACAACAAGUCAGUGGAGGUCAUCCGCGCGGAGGAGUACCCCCAUAUGAACCAAGGCACCUACCUCGACCACAGCGGCGCCACCAUCCCAGCCGUUUCCACCCUCCACCGCACCACAGCCUUGCUCACCACCUCGCUCUACGGCAACCCGCACUCAAGCAACGCCCCUGCGGCCCGCUCCGGCGCCGCUGUUGAUGCUAUUCGCCUAGCAACCCUGCGGUUCCUCGGCGCUGAUCCGGACCAUUUUGACCUGGUGUUUACUGCCAAUGCGACGGCGGCGAUUAAGCUAGUGGCCGAUACGUUUCGGGAUUUGGGAGAGGGGGUUGUUGUUGAUGGGAAGGCAUCGGGGGUCGGUGUGGGGAAGAAAAAGGGUGGUGGUCAGGGGGGGUUCUGGUAUGGGUAUCAUCGGGAUGCGCAUACCAGUCUGGUGGGUGUGCGGGAGCUGACGGGUAAGGGAGGGCAGCAUUGCUUCGGUGGGGGAGAUGCCGAAAUCGAACGGUGGUUGAGUCUCGCUGAACGCCAUGCCCAUGACCAUGGUAACGGUGUCGCCGUCAACGGCUACGCUCGCGACGGAACCGAUGACGACGGCGAGUCAGACCCCGACGCCGACGACAACGACAACGACAGCUGGACAUCCGUAGGCCGCCACUCCAGCCUCGGCCUCGUCGGCUGGCCAGGCCAAUCCAACCUUACCGGCCGCCGAACCCCCAACGGCUGGGCCGGCCGCAUCCGCCGCAUGGCGCGCAACGGCCGCCACCGCAGCACUGGCACAGACACCUACAGCCUUCUGGACGCCGCCGCGCUGGCCAUGACGGCGGAUAUGAAACCCGUGUUUGCCGACCCGGCGGAAGCCCCCGACUUCGCGUGUGUCUCUUUCUACAAGAUCUUUGGGUUCCCCGACUUGGGCGGGUUGGUUGUGCGCAAGGACUCGGGACAUAUCCUUACCCUGCGCAAGUACUUUGGAGGUGGCACCGUGUCACUUGUCAGCACUGUUAGUGGCGCGUGGCAUAUGUCCAAGGGUGAGUCUGUUGGUGCCGGUGCAGGCGGAGCCGACGAGCACGGCGCCACGGCAUUGCACGAUGCCCUGGAGGACGGCACGCUGCCCUUCCACAGUAUCCUAGCCCUCGGCGAGGCCAUCGAGGUGCACGCCCAGGUAUUCGGGUCCAUGGGCAACAUCUCGGCGUAUACCACCGCGCUGGCGAGACGGAUGUAUAACGGGAUGAAGCAAUUGCGGUAUGAGAAUGGGCAGGCGCUGUGUAAGAUUUAUGAGGAAGGGAAGAAGGGGACGGGGUAUGGGGAUGCGAAGCGGCAGGGAGCGACGAUUGCGUUUAAUGUGGUUAGGGCUGAUGGCGGGUAUGAGUCAUAUGCGACUGUGGAGAGGUUGGCGAAUGAGAGGGGGAUUUAUGUUAGGUCUGGUGGUAUCUGCUGCCCUGGCGGCUUGUACGUGGCACUUCAGUAUCAGCCCUGGCAACUCAACCGGGCGAAAUCGGCUGGUCAUCACUGUGGCCCCGAUGGCAUCAGCGUCAUCCACGAAUUACCGACUGGAGUCGUCCGCGCCAGUCUAGGUGCCAUGAGCACUGUGCAAGACGUCGACCGCUUCAUCACCUUUUUACGUGAGGUCUUUAUUUCGCAGGAGGAUAGUGCGUAUGCCAGCAGCAAUGGGAAUGGAUCUGUUGCGUCGGUUUAA